UAAAGUUUUGUUGUACUUGCCUGUAACAGUGUCUGCAGACAAGUGGCUGAAACCGUGAAACGUUCUCAUUUAUUUUCACAGAAAAGUUAUGGCGAGUUCCGUUGCUUACAAAGGUGCGUCUAUUUUCAUAACUGGUUGUAAUCGUGGCGUUGGACUAGCGAUAGUAAAAGAAAUAUUAUCACAACCUCACUCGCCAAAAGCGUUGUUUGCAACUUGUCGUUCAUUGAAAUCAGAUGCUUCAAAAGAACUACGCGCUCUAGCGAUGAAGAAUCCUGUUCUGCAUCUUUUGGAAUUAGACGUAACUAAUGCUUUGCAACUAGAAGCUGUUGUAGAAGAGGUGAAAACAACUCUUGGUGACCAUGGCUUAAAUCUCCUUAUUAACAACGCAGGUAUUUAUGAUUUAAAGAACUCUGAAUAUGGGUGUGCUUCAAGCACUUUGGAUGAUGUAAAUCGAGAUUUGAUGAUGAAAGUGUAUGAGACAAAUGCUGUUUCCCCAUUGAUGAUUGUUAAAGCAUUCUUGCCAUUAUUACAACUGGCAGCCAAAGAUGUUAAAUGUCAACCACAAGCUUGUAUUGUGAAUAUUUCAUCUGAUGAUGGCUCAAUAACAUUAAAUGCUGGAGGUCAUUACCAAUAUAAAUGUUCUAAAGCGGCAUUGAAUAUGUUAACAGUAUCUCUUAGCAUAGACUGUGCUAAAGAUUGUAUUACUGUAGUUUGUAUUGAUCCAGGGUGGAUGAAAACUGACAUGGGAGGCAAAGCAGCACCUAUGUCUUUAUCUGAUGCAAUACCUGUAUUAGUUCAGCUAAUUGGCUCAUUAGAUAUGUCAAAAAAUGGUUCAUUUCUACAGUACAAUGGUAAAACUCUACCUUGGUAAAAACUGUCAAUUAAUAUGUAAUAUUAAUUUUUGUGAGGUUUUUGAAGUUAUUGAAACAUACAAAUUGUAAUUGAAAUUUUAUUCUGUUUUUUCAAUAUUAUAUUUAGCAGAAUUUUGUAUCAUCAGGAAAAUACAGAGAUAUGAAAAUGUA